UGGAGAGAAAAACUACGAUGCUCGGAUCAUCAAGAUGAAGUGCGAUCAGGCCUGAUCGUAGGCUUCUCUGGGCUUUUUUAAAAAGAGCCAGUACCCUUCAAUGUUGGAUGUCGUGCUAUGACAACGUCACUGCUUCUCCGUCCGCGCUGGAUCGACCCGUCGGUGAUGUUCCUCUACGACAACGGCGACGGCUCCGAUGAAGUGAGUAAGAACAUGGAGGGCUUUGCUGGUGGCAACUUUGCGGCAAACCAGUGCAGAAAUCUGAUGGCGCAUCCCCCGUCCCUGGCACCCAGCACCACAUACUUGUCCAGCGACGUGCCCGCCUCUGGUAUGGGGGAGCCGGUGAAGCAGUGCAGUCCGUGCUCGGCGGCCCAGAGCUCUUCCAGCGCCUCGCUGCCCUAUGGAUACUUUGGCAGCAGCUACUAUCCGUGCAGAAUGUCCCAUCACAGCAGCAUGAAGUCGUGCGGUUCGCAACCCCCCUCUGCGUAUGGGGAUAAAUACAUGGACUCCUCCGCGUCUGCGACUGACGACUAUACGUCUCGGGCAAAGGAAUUCGCUUUCUAUCCCACGUAUCCUUCUGGUCCGUACCAACCUGUUCCGAGCUAUCUGGAUGUGCCCGUGGUGCCCACUAUCAGUGCGCCGUCGGAGGCCAGACACGAGACCCUGUUGCCCAUGGAUAGCUACCAGCCGUGGACUCUCACCGCGAACGGUUGGAAUAGCCAAGUGUAUUGUGCCAAAGAGCAGCCACAGGCAGGACAUAUCUGGAAAUCCUCUAUACCAGACGCGGUGUCCCACGCAGCGGGGGACGCGGGCUCAUACCGACGUGGACGGAAGAAGCGCGUGCCAUACACCAAGGUGCAACUGAAGGAACUGGAGCGAGAGUACGCCGCCAAUAAAUUUAUCACCAAGGAUAAGCGGAGAAGGAUAUCGGCUCAGACUAAUCUCUCCGAGAGACAGGUUACAAUAUGGUUUCAGAACCGACGUGUGAAGGAAAAGAAAGUGGUCAACAAAGUGAAAAUAAUCAGCUAGAUAUUUUUUCUUUUUGGCGGAAUAUAGGCCUGUCCAUUGGAAAUUAAUACAUACGCACGGGCGCGCACGCGUGCGGGCUAACUCCCCUGUCUCUCACACACACACACACACACACACACACACACACACACACACACACACACACACACACACACACACGCACACACGCACACGCACACGCACGCACAAUGAAACAGUCCACAAUUCUGGAUUUAUCGAUUGGGAGGGCUAACUUUUUUCGAUUAUUUGUUUGAUGCACGUGAUUCACCAGAAGUUUUGGAACCCAAUUUCCUUCUAUAAUGCUCGGUUCUCUCUUUUCCUUCGUGUUGUAAAAUAUGUUUGACUGAGUCCGCAUGUGGAAAAAUAUAUGUGACAUUUCUCUCUGAGCUCAGGAUAUCAGACCUCAUGAAGGCUGUCCUAUGCCAUUGAGAUUUUACUUUUCCAAGUUUAACGAGAGUGUUAAAAGCGGAGGUUCACCGGAUUACAUAAAGCAUUUGGACUUUUGGUAGCCUACAUUUGACUAAUAAUAGCGUCCAACGCCUCUCCAAACAAGCCACACGGUUUACUUCCAAGAUUUAUUUUUUCAAAUGGACCCAUGCUUCCGUUCAUAUUCAAUAUAUGGUGCAAUUCUUAUUAUAAUGCAUAGAUAAUCGUCCGGAAUAUGUCUUCAUAUUAAUUAUUGCUUUUAUAAUGUGUGCCUAUUCAUUGUUGUAUAUAACGUAAAUUUCGGCAUGGUUACU